AUGGACGACAAACCACUUUAUGUGUCUGUUGGCGUGCUCCGUGAUGCGAUAUGUGGUUGUAGUUUAUCGUUGUAUUGGUUCUGGUUAUUCGCAUUGAUAUCAUCCAUGGAGAUCAUUACGAUCCUCUACCUCGCCUGUUUAGAAUGGAGAGUAUUCGAGCGCGAAAUGCUGGUGGCAGUAAAACUCCGACAGGUCCUGAAAGCAUACGAAAAAGAAGCAAGGAAGGAAGAAAUGAAACAGAGCUGUGCAAUUGUGUAA